UUUAAACACUACACACUUCCUCUUGUCUUUACAUAUAAAAGAAAAUCAAAACUUCCUCUUCUCUCUGCACAUUCUUCAACAAACACACAAAACCUGAGAAAUUUAUAUGAUCAUGGGUCGAUCACCUUGCUGUGAAAAAGCUCACACCAACAAAGGAGCCUGGACUAAAGAAGAAGACCAACGCCUUAUUGAUUACAUCCGUCACCACGGCGAAGGUUGCUGGCGUUCCCUCCCUAAAUCCGCCGGGUUGCUUAGAUGCGGCAAAAGUUGCAGACUGAGAUGGAUAAAUUAUUUAAGGCCUGAUCUUAAAAGAGGCAACUUUACUGAAGAAGAAGAUGAACUUAUAAUUAAGCUUCAUAGCUUAUUAGGCAAUAAAUGGUCUUUAAUAGCGGGAAGAUUACCAGGAAGAACAGAUAAUGAAAUCAAAAAUUAUUGGAAUACCCAUAUCAAAAGAAAGCUACUUAGCCGUGGAUUUGACCCACAAACUCACCUCUCAAUCAACGAAAAAACCGCUGUUAAAUCAGAACCCAAAAUCACUCACUUAAACUUUGAAUCGGCUGCAACUCAAUCCAAACCAGAAACCAACCUAGAAACCAACCUCUUCAACAACACCAACCUAAGUUUUAUUAACACUUUCAGUUCCAGUUUCAUAAAAACAGAGUCUCUAGAAGAUAAUAACUGUACAAGCAGUGGCAUGACAACCGACGAAGAACAACAACAACAACGUCAUGAAUUUCUUCAAACUCACCAGAAUCAAGAAAUAAAUUUGGAUUUAACAAUUGGGUUAUCUCCAACUUCAAGAAAUGAAUCGACUUUUGGAUCAUCAACAUCUUCAAACUCAGCAGAAUCGAAAUUAGAGCAAGAAACUCAGUACCAGUUGUUUGGAAAAUUGGUAAAUGGAUCAAUAUGUACUUGUUGCCAAUUGGGUUCUUCUCAAUUGUGUAGGAAUUGCAGUAAUUCAAAUGGGUUUUGUAGAUAUUAUAAUUAUAAUAGCAAUUAAUUUUUGUAUUUUUUUUUUGGGUAGAUUGGGAAUUGAAUUCUCAGACAUUGCCAAUUUACUUCACCUGACAAUUUAUAGUCAGAAGUAAUAUAGAGAUUGGAUUUUGUUUGAUGGUAGUAA